AUGCGGUUAUUCUUUUCGUUAGCGUUAGCGACUUCCGUUAUAGGCUCAAAAGAAUGUGUUCCAUAUGGCUAUCCACCGGUCACCGCUGCUCUCUCGCACUUUCCACCAAUCUGGCGGCCUGUUCGGGCAAUUUUGAGUAGUGACAGCGCUGGGCAUAGCCGCUUCCUUGAAUUUAGCUCAAGUAUACCAAAUAUUGCGCCGAAGGUCCACAAACAAACUUCUUGGUUCUUCUCUCAAACAUCUCAGGGCACCCUCGGCGUCCUAUCUGGCAAGUCCUAUCCCUCGAGCGAUCCUGACUGCUGGUGGACAUACAGCACAUGUGUAAGUCCCAAGCUAAAAGGGCUCAAACCAGACAUCGCGAGUCCUAGGACGUUGGGAUAUGGCUUCGACGAUGGCCCCAACUGCUCACACAAUGCCUUCUACGACUAUCUGAACAAACAGAAUCAGAAAGCGACGGUUUUCUUCAUUGGGUCCAAUGUGCUGGACUGGCCAAAAGAGGCGCAGCGGGCGGUAGCAGACGGCCAUGAAAUUUGUGUUCAUACCUGGUCGCAUUCGUACAUGACCGCGUUCACCAACGAGCAAGCCUUCGCAGAGCUCUGGUACACAAUGCAAGCCAUCAAGCUCGUUACGGGCUACACUCCCACGUGCUGGCGCCCGCCCUCGGGUGACGUCGACGACCGCAUUCGGUAUAUUGCGGCACGGCUUGGGCUCGACACGAUUUUGUGGAAAUACAACACCAAUGACUGGGAGGUUGGCAUCAACGGCGUCACCCCAGCGACGGUGCAAGCAAAUUAUGAUGCGUUGGUUGCGGCUGCAAGAAAAGGGACAUUCAACACCAAAGGCGCGAUAAUACUAGCACACGAGCUGAACAACUAUACUAUGCAGACGGCCAUGAAUAACUAUCCGCAACUGGCACAAGCAUUUGAUCACAUUGUUCCCAUUGCUGUCGCCCAAAACAAGACACAUCCAUAUGUCGAAACCAACUUGAGCAUGCCUACUUUCGCGCAAUAUGUUGGCUCACACAAAAAAAGCUGA